AGUUUCAAAUUCAACUAGCAAAAUGAAUUAUCCAACAUCGCCGCGGAAAGAAACUAGCAGUGUGUCAAAAUUAACUGUUGAAUAUUUAAAAAAGUUUGGUCAAAAUCGAGAUCUUCAACAAUAUUUUGUUUUAUCUACACCAUUAGCGAAAUCUGACGAAAAUUUAAAUAUGAAUACACAACCAAUGGAAACUAAAAUUCCAGCGAGUAUUUUAAUCGGAUCAAAAAAGUUACCACUUUGGAGUGAUUUAAAUUCAGCUUCCACAAGUCGAACGCCAGCGUGUGAAUAUCAAAAAACAUUUGACCAUGAAAAUAUUGAUACAGGUCGAUUAUCUUCUGCAAGUAGUGUGAUAUCCGAUAAACGUCUAGAAUGGGACAGUGGGGCUGACGUGGGCUAUGUCAAUUAUUAUAAUAGUAAACAUAAAGAAAAAUCUUUAUCUCUUCCUGCUCUCAGUACAAUAGAAAGUUCUAGAGAUAAUUCACUUAGUUCGAAUAGCUGUGCAUCGAAAAAACAGACAUUUGUUGAAUCAACUCCAGCACACACAACGGGGACGAACACACACAAAUUUUUUCAACAAAAUGAAACAGAAAUUACUGCAAUUCCAAUUGAAAAUCCCGAAGAGAAUGUAACAAAUAAUCUUCAAAAAGAUAAAAGUGUUAGUUUAGAAGAUACACGUUUAAAACCAGAAAGUUCACCUAAAAAAUCUUUAAGCCAAAUCGAUUUAUCGAAUAUUGAAAAAUCAUCAUCAGUUAUUGAAAAUAUGUAUAUUUUUUCACCAAUGUUUAUCAAAACUUUAAAAGGUAAUAAAAAAGAUGGGGAAACUGAUAAGAAAUCUGAUAAAAUAAUACAAACAACAUUAGAAAAAGUAUCAAAAUUAUCUUCGAAUACUAGUGAUGUAGCAUUAUUUGAAAGUGCAUGUGAUAAUGAUAGUUCAUUUAGUAAGGGGGCUAAAACUAAUCGAACGGGUGAGUUUAGUAGCAGGAAUAAAACCAAUUCAGGUUUACAAAUACCCACCAGUAGUAGUUUUGAAUAUAUACCAGGAAAUAAAUACAAUUUGAGUGGUUUUGGUGCAUCUUCAUCAAAUGAAAAUCAAGCAUCAUCUAAAGACAAUCAAAACCAAGUGAAUACUUCAGAUUUAGAUUUAGAUCCAAAACUUAUGGAUAUAAACACAAGUCGAAGUUCAAAUUCAUCAAAUCAUACUCAAGAUUCUUCAGGACAUUCAAUCGGAAGCAUUUUAAUGGCUUCACAAUAUUCAACAGAUCUUACCAAAGAUUUAGAACAUACAGUGAGUGCUAUGAGGAAUAUUAUUGAGGCCAAACAAUACAAUGAAAUCGAUAAAAAACGUUUAAUUCGGAAAAUUGUUAAGAAAAUCGUGAAUACACAUUAUGAUGAUGAUACAGUACCUCAGUCUCCUGGUCCAAAUCCAGCAUCUCAUUCAUCUGAGAAUGAUAAAAUAUCUACAAAUCAUUCAGAUAGUCCGCCAGAUAAUAUCACUUCUCCAACAGUUUUAAUAUCGAAAGUGCAUACAAGAUAUUCGAAUAAUGUUUCUCCUGAAAUGAUAAGUUCUCCGCCACUUAUUGAGAUGGAUACAUCUUUUAAAUCUGACAGAAUUGACGAGGAAAAUGUAAAUAAUGAUGAUGAUGCUGAUGAAGAGGUUCCACAACAAAAUUUAAUUGAACAAGUGUGUUGGAAAAAAGAUAUUACAUUUUCUGAACAAUUAUUUGCAGAACGUAUUAAAAAUUUACAAAUACAACGUAAACGACAUCAUCGUGAUCGUGAUAAAAAGAAAAAACAACGUAAUAUAUUUACCAAUGUGGAAGAAUUACACAAAAAAUUUAUGUCUAAUGAUUAUGGUUAG